AUGGCACCUCUACCUGCAUACAGGGUCGCUGCACCAGACGAGUACCUUGCCUUGACGGGCAUGGGUAUCGACUCGGUCAAGAUCUCAAAAUCAGCAUGGAUUUACCCAUUCCAACGAUGCACCAGGUUCAGUGUACAACCUCACGAUUAUGCAAUGAACCUGCAGGCUAUGACCAAGGAGAAGCUACAGUUCCUUCUCCCGGUCGUGUUCACCGUCGGUCCGGAUGUCAAUGCGCGAGGCGCAAAUGCCAAAGCUGGGGGUAACGCCGGCCGUGGCCACACUCAGGAGGACCGUGGUGACUCCCUCAUGAAAUAUGCCAUGCUGCUCACAGACACGAACGCAAAGGGCAAAAACACAACCGCUUUCCUGGAGAACAUCGUCAAGGGUAUCAUUGAGGGAGAGGUCCGAGUCUUGGUGUCGAGCAUGACUAUGGAAGAAAUCUUCACUGAGCAGCGCCGCAUCUUCCGCAACAUCCAGAGCGAGCUGGACCAGUUCGGGCUGAAGAUCUACAAUGCCAACGUCAAAGAGCUGCGCGAUGCGCCCAGCUCCAACUACUUCGAGUCGCUCUCCCGCAAGGCCCACGAGGGUGCCAUCAACCAGGCGCGUAUCGACGUCGCCGACGCCCAGCAGAAGGGAUCUGUGGGCGAGGCGGACCGCAAGGGCCGGCAGGAGCGCGAGCUCGCCAAGAUCAACGCCGAGACGGCGGUGCAGAAGACGGAGCGGGACGGCGAGCGGGCGCAGGCCGAGGCGAGCCUGGACACGCGCAAGACGACGCUCAAGCGCGACCUGGACAUCGCCAAGAUCCAGGCGGCGCGCGCGACCGAGUCCCGGGACGCGGAGCUCAAGCGCGAGGUGGAGAUCAAGCGCGCCGCGGCCGAGAUGGAGCGCCUGCGUGCUGUGGAUGUCGUCAAGGCGUCCAUCGCCCGCGAGGCCAAGCAGCAGGCCGCCGACGCGCGCGCGUACGAGGUCCAGGUCGACGCCUCCGCCCAGCUGAGCAAGGCGAACCAGGCCACCGACGCCGAUGCGUACAAGACGCGCAUCGGGGCUGAUGCUGCCAACUACGCCGCGCUCAAGGACGCGGAGGCCAAGCUGCAGGUGCAGAUGAAGGAGGCCGAGGGUCUGUCCGCGAUGGCCUCUGCCUACGGCCAGAUGGCGCAGGCAUUUGGUGGCCCAUCCGGAUUGCUUCAGUACAUGAUGAUCGAGAAGGGCACGUACGUCGAGCUGGCGCACGCCAACGCCAACGCCGUCGCCGGCAUGCAGCCCAAGAUCAGCGUGUGGAACACCGGUUCCCAGGCCGGUGGCGAGGCUGGCUCGUCGAACAGCGUCGACACCAUGCGCAAUGUCUACCAGAUGCUGCCGCCCCUGAUGCAGACCAUCAACGAGCAGACCGGCAUCACUCUUCCCGAGUGGCAAUUUGGCCGUCUCAACAACCAGGCAGCAGAGGUUGAGAAGAACAAGGAGAUCGCGAAGACCAACGGCCGCCACGAUUAA